CGUUACAUUACCCAAAAUAAUUUAUACUCACAAUAUUUUAUGAGUACUUUACAUUUUAGUCCCGGAACUAUUAAACAGAGUUUGUGCGCCCACACGGAAAGUAAUAACAGUGGCACCAGUGAAUAUGGCGUCCUCCGCGAGGAGCUUAUUGAGAGUGUUGGCUGGAUGUCAGAGGCAGAUCCUCAUCUCCAGCGCUUCAUCUUCUUUAUGUCCCUCCCAGAAUGCAGCUAGGCAUCAUGCUGUGAGGACCUAUGCUGCAGCAGCCAAGCCAUCUAAGAAAGAGAAAAAAAUUGAAAAGGGAGCAGCAAAGGAAGUAAAGCAAGAAGAGAAGAAGAAGGAGAAACAGAAGAUCGAUGAUACGGGUCGUCAUAAGCCGUACGGCCUGACAGCCUGGGCGCCGAUCGAUGACGUGUACGUAGUGAGGCACUAUCCUAAACCGGUGUAUGAUGCAGAUGUAGCUGUGGACAUGCUGAAGAGCUUUCAGAAGCUGGACUUUACCCCUGAAGAUCAGCCUAUUUUUAUUGAUCUGAAGCUGGAUAUGAAACUAGAGAAAAAGAGAAAAGUAGACCCUUUUGUUAGCACUGUCCAUUUACCGCAUCCGUUUAAAAAUGAUCUGAACAAAGUCGUCGUUUUCACAGAGAAUCCAGAGGAGGCCAGAGUGGCCACUGAGCACGGAGCAACUAUAGUGGGAGGAGCUGAACUUGUUGAGAAGAUAUUGGAAGAUGAGAUCACAGCAGACUUUUACCUGGCUGUUCCAGACAUCAUCCCGAAGCUCCUGCCUUUAAAAAACAAACUGAGGAAGAAAUUCCCAAAGAGCAAACGAGGGUCAGUUGGGGUGAACAUUCCUAAAAUGCUGCAGUUGUUCAAGAGCGGACAUGAGUACAUGGUGGAGAGGGACGCCUACAUCGUCACGCAAGUCGGAACGCUGGACAUGCCGAAGGAGCACAUCCUAGAUAACAUGCGGGUCAUCAUUCAGGACGUUGCAUCCCACAAGCCAGCAGAAUUCGGUUCCAUUAUUGAGAGAGCCAUCACAAACAGCGUGACAAGCGAGGCUUUACGCAUCAAAUAUGAAGCAUUUUUACAGCAAGAGGAGAAGGAGGACUGAUUAAUGUUUUCAGUGUGUAUAUUUCAUUGUGUAAUGACGUAUAAUGUAAUAAAGUUUCUCAAAUAUGUAA